GCAGCCUCCUGGUGUUGCUGAAUCUGACAGAGGGGUUUUUAGGGGGGACGUGGGCGGGUACCUGCUCCUCUCCCAAGUCCUGCAUCCCAUUACUUCGCGCUUGCAGAGGGCGAAGUGACUUCCAGGAACGCAGUGCCCUCCCUCAGCUCCAUAGAUCAUCUUUUGCUGUGCGGCUGCGGCCACUUGUCGUAGCCUCAGGACACCGCACUUUUCUCAUCGACUUGCGCAGGCUACAGGUAGGAUUUAUGACGAGGGGCCGUUCACAUUAAAAGGAACCGCGCCACAGACGUCCGUCGAUCCAUUGCAAUUUCGCGUCCGGACCGUGUGAGAUGAGCCGCGCAUGGAUCUACACUAAAGUUCUUGGAUUUUCCCUCGAUGCAGGUGGGAGAUUAAUUUGACAUAUGCGCUUCGUCCUCAUCGGACUAUGUUGGUUUUUGGGAAUAUCUGACAUGGCAAGGAUACCAUCCAUCCUCGCGAAAAAGAUGAUUUACAAAAUACUGGCAUUCGUUCUCUUACAAGGUGUCUUGACGUCCGUCGGCUCGGACCAAUCAGAUGUGAGCCCUGGAAGCGUCGCGCACUCCGGCGGGGUGUUCGGCUCCGAGGCAGCGGAGACGAAGUCCCGACCCAAGCGCUGCACCUGUUACUCCUACAAGGAUAAAGAGUGCGUCUACUACUGCCACCUGGAUAUCAUCUGGAUCAACACUCCCGAACGCACUGUGCCCUAUGGAAUGUCGAGCUACCAAGGCCCUCAGAGAAUCAGACGAGCUGUUGUCGGGCAACCAACUGAACAUCAGUGGGCAAAGACUCAGCGUUGCACUUGUGUGCUUGACGCAGACCCCAAGUGCCAUGAUUUUUGUCUGUUAAGGCCACCGCAGACAGUGCCACCCAGGAGUCUCCACAAAGCUGCUGGCCCUGGAUGACAGUCUGACGCCUCUCCACCUUCUGCCCUUCGCCUUGGGGCAAUGGGCACUUCACUCCUAUUUGGCCCCUUCACUCAACGCUUGAAACCCUUGCUGCCACAGGUACACUCACCGUCAAGGAAAGAACUUUGGAGCAAGUUCCAUCAGGCUGAGUGGUUUCAAGAACUCAUCGGCAAAUUCAGUAGAGAUCCCUGGAGGCUAUCCCCUUUUUCUUCCCUCCUGACAGCAGCAUGAGGAUUACCUGCAUCACAAUGCAACAUAAUAACAAUAAUAACAAUCUUGCUCCUGUCAAGUUUGAUUAGACAGAACCUUUGUAUUCACCCCUGGUAACAGAGUGUUGUGGACUACUCUUUACUCUGGAAAAUGUAUCAACUCAUACAAGACAAUUACUGCUUCUGUAAAAAUAUUGUAAAGCAAAACAAAUGUCACCGGAAGCAAUGGAAAGUAAAUGCAAGUGCAUGGUUUUGUAAUAUCUUUCCUUUAACAAUGCCAAAACAUGCAAUCAAAAAGGGAAAAUGUUUUUACCACCUGAGUUCUGGGAAAUAUUAUUACAGUCAAUCUGCAACGCAUAUCAACAUGUCUCCUCAGAAAAUGUUUGACUACUCUUUUCUCCCAUCUGGAGAGAAUAAUUUACAAUAUUAAGUAAAUCUUCAUUUAAAAAUAAAAACGGCAACAAGCUGCCAGUGUUAUUGGGAAAUAACUUUGUCAAUCAUCUACGCCUUAAUCGAGACAAAUUUCUCAAGUGUUUCCUCUUUUAAAAACAUCUUGAGGUCCGGUUGCACAUCGCUGAGUCAGAAGUUCCAUUCUAAAGACUGGUCUUAACUUAGACAGUUGGCAACCGGCCCCUGGAGUGUUCAAAAUUCAAAUGCUGAGAUUAAAAUUAUUAUGGCCAAAUAGUGUGUAUUUACCUACUUAUUAUUUAUCUUCACAAUUGGAGCUGUUUGAUCUACUGCUUGACUUUGUAGAAAUGGGGUAAAUGAAAAGGUCCGUGGUUGAGAGGAGAGUUUUGGGAAUGUUCUGGUUGUUGAUGAUGAACUCUUUUGGCGUGUUUCAUUUCCUUAUUGUAAAUAGUCAACUGUUCACAGAAAAUUUGAUGUUUGACUGAUAAUUUAUUCCUCCUUCAUCUCUAUCAAUUUUUUUCUCUUUUUAUUGGUCAGUACUUUGUCCCAUCAGAUAAAAUUAAAAUGUAAACCAAAUGACAUGGUUUAUUCUAGAAACGCUGCAACUUGGAUCAAAACUAUAUUUUCAUUCUGACAGUUUCAAUCCAUUUCAUUUUGUGGCUCCUUCCAAAACCACCUCAGUGACAGUUUUCUUUCUGCUGGUCCGUAGAUCACAAAUAAAGAUGACUAGAUUUGAUUAGAUCAUCCAACGUGAUGAACAUAAAUAGAACAUUAGAAUCAAUUCACCAAAAUCUUAACAUAUACUUAAAAAAAAUUUUUUUUUUUUAAACAUAAGCAAGUUACUGUUUUAAUGAAUUAGGGUGUCAAUGUCCUUCCUAAUAAGCUUAAAUAGGACAAUGACCAUAACCAUAUUUUCCCUCAGUGUUUAGGAUACAUUGAGGGAAAAUUAAAUAUGGUUACAAAUGACAUAUCCUUAUAGCAUGUAGCUUCAUCCUCAUUUUGUACAGUAUGUAUAUUAUGUAUGUAUGUACAUUUAUAGAUCCCAUAUUCUAUAUCUUUAUGUAUCAACACAUAAUGGAAUAAUAUAAAGGGAAUUUAUAUGGGACGGGAGGUGGACUGUACAACAAAACGUGUCAGAAACUGUGCUGUAAAGCUCUAAUUGCUCAGAAAAAAACACUAGUAUUUAUAAUUUGUCCAUAGUCACUUUUCUGUCUGUACUGGCGAGUAAUGGUGGCUCUACUGUUACUAUGGACUUUUCUGCUUUAACUUGUAAUUUAAUGUGUACUAGUUCUUCUGUCAUUAUCAGACACAGAUUUUUUUUUAAAUGAUCAUCUCAUGAACAUGGUUGUGACUGUAUUGAUUCUUCCUGGGAAGCGUUGACAAUUCUACAUCAUCUACAUGAUCUCUACUCCAUGGCGUGAAAAUAAAUGCCAUCGUAUGCCAGUCAUUGUGGUUUGUGGAAAUAAGUAUGUAAAUCCUGUGGAGUCAAAUUCUUUCAUGGGAAGGUUGGAGCCCUGGUCUGGUCUAAUGUGGGGAUGUACUGUGCACAGCACAGCUGGGCGGCCUGGGGUGUUAUUGUCUCUUGGUUGUGUACAAGGUCAGCUGCAGUGCCUUGUUCGCUCUUCUGAGUGGUAUUCAUGUGCCGAGUUGAAUUUAUGAUUGUCACCAGUCCAGACCUACCCCACAUUCCCUUACUAGGCUAUAAAAUGCUACUAUAUCCAGUUAUAAGCUUGCAUUCGAUUCUCAAGGCUACCUCUGGUGUAAUUUCAUAUUUUAUCUAUCAAAGUGGGCCAGUGUGUUGUACAGUAUAGCCUACCUAAUAGAUUAUGAAUGUCAACCUGUAAACUGUUCAUCAAAAUUAAAAUGAGCAACAGUUCUGCAUAUUCUGCCGUUGCUAAAUUCUUACCAUGAUGAUUUUUUUUUAUCCAAUUCUUUUCCCCGGCUGAUAUUUAUACCAAUGCGCAGCGAUGGUUGUGAUGAUUGCUCCGUCAUCGCAGGAUCACAUGUUAAUUCUGCUGUUAUUCUGAGACAAAGUGUUUUCUUUUUGAUAAGAUAAUUUUCUCAUUAUAUGAGGGAAACUAAGUACAAUUACCUGUGACAAUGGAUUAAUGUGCUUUUGUUUUCUCAAUAUAAGGACAGCAUUAUCCCGUUUUAAACAAGAAACCUACUUAUUACAAGAUAGAUCACAAGAUAAUUCGACUUCAUAACAGGACUUUUAAGAACUGCAAUCAUAACCUUUCUUCUCUUUUUAGUUGGUUUUAUAAAUUAUACGUGAGUUAUUUUGUCAUAAAUUGGAGAAUAGGUUUCAUGUAGUAUGAACACCUUUCCCCUUAUAAGACAGAAUAUGAGACCAACUGGAUGCUUUGAAGCCCUAAUACCACCUAUCAUCCUGGAAUGUUGCGCUGAGUCUACCCCAAAUAAGCCUACCCUGGAGCCCUAAAUAUAAAUUUACUGCACUAAGCACCAACUUAAGAAAGGCCUUAUUCCCACAAUUUACCCUGGGAAAUAUUCCUGUACAGACAUCUGGACCAUGCAACAGCAGGUUCAGGGCUGGCCCCAUUCCACAGCUUACAGUUUUUCCAAAUACAGAUGAUAUCAUGUGGAUGUUUUUUAUAUUGUGUAUUCUGCUUUUGAUUUGGUGGAUUAAAUAUAUCACAUAACAUAUAACAUCCAAUUACAAUCUAAAAGUAUUGCAUUGUGCUCGGCUUAUGAUACAUUAUACUAUUGAUUUGUUGCAUGAAAGAGAUGUGAAUUGUAAAAAAUAAAAAUAUUAUUAUUA